AGUUCAGCUCCCUGGAGGGGAAGGAGGGACAUCCCAAGGAAGGGUCCUUGAGGAAGGAGUGGGGGGUGAUAUCAGGAGAAAGCUCGCAGGGGCUGUCUCAGGGGAGCGAAGAUCUUGGGGAGAACAGCUGAGGUCUCCAGUAGAUAAACCACUGUGCAGGCUGAGGGAGGUACCUCUUGGCACAAGGCCUUGGGUAGGCAGGGGGCGAAGUCCUCGUAGAAGUGGGGGGAAGCUAGAGGAAGUGGCUGGGCCUGAACUUGGCCCUGUGCCUGACACAAGGGCUUGUGCAUCCCCCAGCCCUCAGCUUUGCCUUCUGAAGCCACUUCUCAGGGGCAGGGAUCCUCUUCCUCCUCCAACUCCUCUGUUUUCUGACCCCUGAUUAUUCGUGUCCCAAAACGAAGAAGAAUCAGUGUCUGAGUCUAGGAGUGGGAACCCAGAUGCUGGUGAUAGAGUUCUUUUUAGUUCCUGAGAAUUGAUUUAUUUCUCUUGUAUCCACCUAGUAGUGGGUGGCACUGAGCUUCUGUUACUCUGUCUUUCCAUCUUUGAAUUGUUGGUUGUCGGGUGGGCCUGCCUUCCUGCUGACAGUCAAAGAAUUCCUGAGGUUCUCCACAGUUCUGCACCCUUACUGGCCCCUGUAACCUAGACAAUUUGUUCACAGAAAGUUCAGGAGCCCUGGAAAGGAGAAAGAAUAAGACGACAGGAGGAAGAGAGAGAGAGGGUAGAAUGGAAGAAUCUCACUUCAAUUCUAACCCAUACUUUUGGCCUUCUAUCCCCACAGUCUCAGGACAGAUUGAGAACACAAUGUUCAUCAAUAAGAUGAAGGAUCAGCUGUUGCCAGAGAAGGGCUGUGGUCUGGCUCCACCUCAUUACCCCACCUUGCUGACAGUGCCUGCCUCAGUGUCCCUGCCCUCAGGCAUCAGCAUGGACACAGAGUCCAAGUCAGACCAGCUGACCCCACACAGCCAGGCAUCCGUUACCCAGAAUAUUACGGUGGUCCCUGUGCCGUCUACAGGACUGAUGACUGCUGCCCUGCAGGUGGUCCCUGACCUCUCCAAGAAGGUAGCAUCAACCCUAACUGAGGAAGGAGGUGGAGGUGGUGGUGGAGGUGGCAAUGUGGCUCCUAAGCCCCCCCGGGGCCGCAAGAAGAAGCGAAUGCUGGAAUCAGGGCUACCUGAGAUGAAUGACCCUUAUGUCCUCUCCCCUGAGGAUGAUGAUGACCAUCAGAAAGACGGCAAAACCUACAGGAGCGAAGGGAACUGCGGCACAGGAAAUGGACAGAGCCUUGGGCUCAUGGAUUCAGUUCCCGGCUCCACCACGAACUUGCUGUGUGACCCUGGGCAAGUGCGGAUGUGCUCACUGACAUUCUACUCAAGAGUCGAGAAGAUGCAGAUCCACUCCAAGUCACACACCGAGACCAAGCCCCACAAGUGCCCACAUUGUUCCAAGACCUUCGCCAACAGCUCCUACCUGGCCCAGCACAUCCGUAUACACUCAUGGGCUAAGCCCUAUAGUUGUAACUUCUGUGAGAAAUCCUUCCGCCAGCUUCCCACCUUCAGCAGCACAACCCGGAUCCACUCCAAGAUGCACACGGAGACCAUCAAGCCCCCCAAGUGCCCGCACUGCUCCAAGACCUUCGCCAACACCUCCUACCUGGCCCAGCACCUCCGUAUCCACUCGGGGGCCAAGCCCUACAACUGUUCCUACUGCCAGAAGGCCUUCCGCCAGCUCUCCCACCUCCAGCAGCACACACGAAUCCACACCGGUGAUAGACCAUACAAAUGUGCACACCCAGGCUGUGAGAAAGCCUUCACACAACUCUCCAACCUGCAGUCCCACAGACGGCAGCACAAUAAAGAUAAACCCUUCAAGUGCCACAACUGUCAUCGGGCGUACACAGAUGCAGCCUCACUAGAGGUGCACCUAUCUACGCAUACGGUGAAGCACGCCAAGGUGUACACCUGCACUAUCUGUAGUCGGGCAUAUACAUCGGAAACAUACCUUAUGAAACAUAUGCGCAAACACAACCCUCCUGAUCUCCAGCAACAAGUUCAGGCAGCAGCAGCAGCAGCAGCAGUAGCCCAGGCUCAAGCCCAAGCUCAAGCUCAAGCUCAAGCUCAAGCCCAGGCCCAGGCCCAGGCCCAAGCCCAAGCCCAAGCCCAAGCCCAAGCCCAAGCCCAGGCCUCCCAGGCAUCACAGCAGCAGCAACAGCAACAACAGCAGCCACAGCCACCACACUUCCAGUCCCCUGGGGCAGCCCCCCAGGGUGGGGGUGGUGGGGACAGCAACCCCAACCCUCCACCCCAGUGUUCCUUUGACCUGACCCCCUAUAAGACGGCGGAGCAUCAUAAGGACAUCUGCCUCACUGUCACCACCAGCACCAUCCAGGUGGAGCACCUGGCCAGCUCUAGAGAUCCGUGCUGCCACCCAUUGGGAAUAGGAGAAACAAAGCUUUUAAAUUUGGGGUUGGUGCUCAAGGGAAGGAUUUGCUGUGACCUCACGGAAACUUAUCUGGUGUGGGCACUUACCCUCUCCCUCAUCCUCAAGUUCAGGCUGAAAGAAGACUAG